AUGGCUCAGAUGGAGCACUGCGGCUUCGUGUCAGCACUCCUCAUCAUCAUCGAUGUUGGACAGACGUUGAAGCUAAAGGAUAAGUCGGCCCCAAUGCGCCCUUCCCCCCUGCGUCAGUCCUCAUCAUUCAGCCAACCGGAGCACGGCCGGCGUAUACAAUAG